CAGACUGUUUUUGACCGUAAGGGUGUCCGUUCCGGUGGCGACCGUGUUGACAGCAUGGAUACAUCCGUCAGCCUCUGUGGUCCCAAUUCACAGGAAUGGGCGGGGCGGCAGCCAGCCAGCAAAAAAAAGCCCGUUCAUUACCAUGCACUCAGCAAGCAUGUCUAUAUCCAUGGCCCCCAAAGAGACAUUACACAUCACACGCACCAUGGCAUGGCAGCCAAUCGUAGACAACAGAGACAGUCUCUCAAGUCGGUCAGAGACGAGUCAAUGUGAGCUGUUCAGCAACCAUUCUUGGGAGCCCAGAGUGGCAGCGGGAAUGGCACGAAAGCAAGACGACCAGCAGCAAUAACACUGUUCUUCAACCAACCCUGCCCACCUCCCCAAUGCAGCAAUCCCUACUGCGUUUUCAGCAAGCCUAUCCCUCGUCGCUCCUUCACCCCUCUCUCCUUAUGCACACCAUCCCCUGACCGCACACCAUCCCCUGACCGCCGUCCUCAUUGGUGACGCGGAAGCCGACACGUCAACCGCAGCGGCCCCGCGGCCUUGUCGGUUCCCUCACCAUCGCCCUCGCCACACUGAUUGGCGAUCUGCUGGUUGAGCACAUCAAUGGUGCGGGGGCCGAGCGUGCGGUGCUUGCUCUCCAGCUCGUCGACCAGGGCCUUGAUGAGCCAGUCGAUAUCAAAUCGCCGCGAGAAGUGCAGAAGGUUAAGGCACUGGAACGUCGAGCGACGCCGCAGGAGGGCACGGGGGUGGCUCAUGAACAGCUGCUUGUCAGAAAGAAUCUGGGCAAGGACGCAACACAGACAGACAACGCAGACAGACAGACAAUGCUGUGUGGUGCGAUUGCUGGCCAUGCAUGCACACCCACCCACCCCACCUCUACGAGUGUGUUGAGAGUAGCGUUGUCGAAAUCGUUUAUGUUGACCUCCUGCCACACCACACGCACGAGCACUGCAUCUAUCCGUCCAUCACAUCAUAUCGGCUCUCCUUCCUUUCUGCAGAAAACUCACCUGGCUGUCGCUGAACUGGUCGGCAUAGUCCUUCAUCUUUGAACUAGCCUCCUGGAGCAUGCGCCUGUCCACAGCGAAGCGAUAGUAUUUUGUGUCGCCAGGGCUCUCCUGCCGUUCGUCGAACAGGUGCUCCAUCGGCGCAUUAACGGCCGAAGGCGGGUCGGCCUCUUUGAUUGUCACCAGCAGCACGUCAACGCCCUCUCGUACCACUUCACCGCGCCCUCGAGCAGCCAUGGUCGGGUGUUCACAUCAUCAGCAUAAGGUUUCUGGUUCUUUCGGUACCCAGGCCGCCGCCCCACUGUUGCUGUGAAUGGCGUCCUCUGCCUCUCUAGCCUUCCCCGCCUCCCC